CCAUGAUGGAGGAAUUGCACAGCUUGGAUCCUCGCAGGCAGGAGCUUCUGGAGGCCCGUUUCACCGGAGUCGGAGUUGCCAAGGGUUCUGGACACAACGAGUCGUCUAACCAGAGCUUAUGUAGCGUGGGCUCCCUCAGUGACAAAGAGCUGGAGACCCCAGAGAAGAAAUCUAAUGACCAGAGAACACGUAAAAGGAAAGGAGACCCUUUUGACAACCAGGCCAAAGGAGGAGGGAGAGGACAUAAAAUUAGUGAUUAUUUUGAGUUUGCAGGGGGUAGUGGUACUGGUACCAGUCCAGCUCGUGGCAUUCCGCCAGUGGCACGAUCCUCUCCACAGCACUCUCUCUCAAACCCUCCUGCUGCCGUGCAGCAAGGAAGCCCCUCCUCCAUUAGCUCAGUAAACGCAGACCACUCCCACUCCUCCUGUUCCCACAAGCCAGUUUCUACACACACUCAGCACCGAGCCACACAGUCUGAGUUGACAAUGGAGAAGUUAGCAGCGCUGGAGAGCAGUAAGAGCUCGGAUCUGGAGAAGAAAGAAGGACGUAUUGACGACUUGCUUAGGGUAAACUGUGACUUGCGCAGACAGAUCGAUGAGCAGCAGAAGAUGCUGGAACGAUGUAAAGAACGACUCAAUAAAUGUGUGACCAUGAGUAAGAAACUGCUAAUUGAAAAGUCCAAGCAGGAGAAGAUUGCAUGCAGAGAAAAGAGCAUGCAGGACCGGCUACGUCUGGGCCAUUUCACCACUGUACGGCACGGAGCCUCAUUUACCGAGCAGUGGACAGAUGGCUACGCCUUUCAGAAUCUAGUCAAGCAACAAGAGAGAGUCAAUGGGCAGAGAGAGGACAUAGAAAGGCAAAGGAAACUGCUGAUGAAGAAGAAACCUCCCAACGCCAGUCAGACUCCUCCUCCCAACCUAGAACCCAACAAACGCAAGAGCAAGAGCAAUGGCGCCGAGAACGAGAUGUUAUCUUUAGCAGAAUAUCACGAGCAAGAAGAAAUCUUUAAACUGAGACUUGGACACCUGAAGAAGGAGGAAGCAGAGAUUCAAGUGGAGCUGGAACGGUUGGAGCGUGUGCGUAAUCUUCACAUCCGAGAGCUCAAAAGAAUCCACAAUGAAGAUAACUCCCAAUUUAAAGAUCAUCCCACGCUAAAUGACCGUUACUUGCUCUUGCAUCUGCUGGGUAGAGGAGGCUUCAGUGAAGUCUAUAAGGCCUUUGAUUUGACUGAGCAGAGGUACGUGGCUGUGAAGAUUCACCAGCUGAAUAAGAACUGGAGAGAUGAGAAGAAGGAGAACUAUCACAAGCAUGCCUGUCGAGAAUAUAGGAUCCAUAAAGAGCUGGACCAUCCUAGAAUAGUCAAACUGUAUGACUACUUCUCCCUGGAUACUGACUCAUUCUGUACUGUUCUGGAGUACUGUGAGGGGAACGAUCUGGAUUUCUACCUGAAGCAGCACAAGCUAAUGUCAGAGAAAGAGGCCCGAUCCAUCAUAAUGCAGGUCGUCAAUGCCCUCAAGUACUUGAAUGAGAUCCGCCCACCAAUCAUCCAUUACGACCUCAAACCAGGUAACAUCCUGCUGGUGAAUGGCACAGCAUGUGGAGAAAUAAAAAUCACAGACUUUGGGCUGUCCAAGAUCAUGGACGACGACAACUACGGGGUGGACGGCAUGGAGCUGACAUCACAGGGGGCGGGGACAUACUGGUAUCUUCCCCCAGAAUGCUUUGUGGUUGGAAAAGAGCCACCUAAGAUUUCCAACAAAGUGGACGUUUGGUCAGUUGGGGUCAUCUUUUACCAGUGCCUCUAUGGGAAGAAGCCGUUCGGUCAUAAUCAAUCCCAGCAGGACAUCCUCCAGGAGAACACUAUUCUCAAAGCCACAGAGGUGCAGUUUCCUCCCAAACCAGGAGUCUCACCCGAGGCUAAGGCCUUCAUUCGCAGAUGCUUGGUGUACCGUAAGGAGGAUCGCAUCGAUGUUCACCAGCUGGCCAGUGAUCCCUACCUCCUCCCGCACAUACGCAAGUCAGUGGCUGCCACCGGUAACUCCAGCAUGGCCGUCGCCUCCACCUCCAGCUCCUCCAACAGCAGCGCCUCGAAUUGAGAGCCUCACCCAUUCUUGCUAGUUUUGAUCGGAGCAGGUGGAGUGGGGCGUUCGCAUUUUGCCCCACCCCUCUCUGCAGUGCACUGGAAGGGGUCUCAUACCCCUUACCUGCCGAGCAAGGGAGCAGGAGGAAAGGGUAAGAGAGGGAUGGAGACAAAACACACACCCCUCCACCCUUCUUCCUCUCCCAGGCAUCUGGAGGCUUGAUUUGUUUCGUUUUAUUUUAUUUUUGGAUGGGAGUGGACUAAAAAGCGCCCCAAUGAGCAAGCCAGAGCGAGAGGGUGCAUUAUCUGUGAGAAGGACCGAACUGCAACGGCUCAGACCGGUGGCAGAGACUGGUAUAUGCCCUGCACCCCACAACACACAAACACACACACACACGUGCGCAUACAUUUAUAACGAGGUCAGCUUGAUUUUUCUUGCGUGGCAACACCGUGGAUGGGACAAGCCCGCUCAUACUAAUGUGCAUUCAAGUGUACAAUAUUCCUAAAGAAUCUGGAGACGCUCCCUGCUGACACGAAGCCCGUCCCGGCCCAUCUUCUUCUGUCUUUCCUAUCGUUUUUUUGCCUCUGGAACAGAUCUAUGAACUUUUGGAAGCAAUACUGUAAGUGGGUUCAUUUCAACAAUAGUUAACCCUAGUUUAAAUGCCUUUCUGAACUGCUGUCAGAUCACAUAAUAAUUGCUGAGGCCAAAUCAGCAUCAGGACCUCUAGGUUAGCUGAUCUUCUAUGCUGGGAUUCAGAUGUUUGUACUGUGUGAGAGAUGUAAUGGACAGGUCUAGCCCAGACGUUUGUCUCUGGAGGUGUUUGUAUGUCCUGCUCAUUUUCACCCCUAUUCUAUGACCAAAGCUGAGCUCUACCAGUAGGUGGUGCUGUUUGACUUGAGUUUUAUUUUCUUUCUUUCUGUUUUUGUUCUUUUUGCUUUAUGCUGUUAUGAAAAUGCGUUUUUAGGAAGCAUAUUCUUUUAGAUUUAGCAACACUAACGGAUCCCCCCAUCCCCCAAGUAUGUUCUUGUUUCUCAUCGUGUCUUUGGACAGAAUCUAACGUUGAAAAAUGAGAUGAAGUUAGAUUUUAUUUUUCAUUGAUUGAUUAAGUCUUGUGCCUCACAUAGAAACCCACAGACACAAAUGCGUUCAAAAAUUACACACAGUCAUAUGUUUAGGUCUGGUGAUACGGCUGAUUGCCUGAUCCUGUUUUACUGUUUGUGGGAAAGAACUCUCUCGAGGGGACGGAGCUAGUUCAGGGGUACAGGGCAGAACUUGGAGCGAUCAUUAAAUACUAUUGGUUAU